AUCAAAGAAAGGACUUAAUGACAUCAAUAAUGAGGUUUGAAAAGAGAUUUUACCUAUGGGCUAUCAAUGUGACUCAUUAGAUAUUCAUCUGCCCCUGUGCUUUGUGGAUGGUGGUUUCGUAGGCUCCCAUUGUGAGCUCUGCUUUAGACAGUGCACAGCUACCCCUGCAGUGAUCCAGCAAAAGAAUCAGUGCUCCUAAUGUCUGAUGGAUGAAUUGUAAUCUAGUACCAUAAUUGGUGUCUGAAAAAAAUGUGGCUCUGUAUGGAAUUAAUGACCGAGAUAUGGAACUAAGAUUUGUACACUUCAGCCUAUAUUUAACUGAGUGCUAAGAUUACAGUAUGUACUACCAUACUAGGCUCUAAAUUUAGCUAUGAGAGGAGUUAAGAUAUUGUAGGCUGUGAGAAUACACCUACCUUUGAGAGAUGUAUGUAUGACCAUUUAGGAGGCAUUGACCUUUGAAGAUGUGGCUGUGAACUUCACCGUGGAGGAGUGGGCUCUGCUGAAUACAUCCCAAAGGGAGCUCUACAGAGAUGUGAUGGGGGAAACCUUCAGGCAUGUCGCUGCCAUAGGAAGAGCUGGGGAUAACCAAGAAGUUGAAAAAGAACACAAAAAUUCCUGGAGAAGUCCAAGAAGUGAAGAAUUAAGGAAAUGCUCUGAAUAUCAAGGUUGGAAUCAAUAUGAAGAAAUACUCCUUUGUGCUCCAGAUGUUAAUGUGCAUGUAAAUCAAAUAGACACACCCAAUAAUGGUCAGAUCCAUGAAACAAAUUGUAGUAGAGGGAAACCCUAUCUAUGUAUGCAGUGUGGGAAAGCUUUCAGACGAAAGAGUCAUUUUGAAUGUCAUGAAAGAACUCACACAGGGGAGAAACCCUAUGUAUGUAAGCAGUGUGGCAAAGCUUUUAGCACACGUGCAUCUUGUCAAAUACAUGAAAGGCUUCACACUGGAGAAAAGCCCUAUGUAUGUAAACAGUGUGGUAAAGCUUUCAGCACCCGUAUGAAUUGUCAAAUACAUGAAACACUUCACACUGGAGAGAAACCCUAUGUAUGUCAGCAGUGUGGUAAAGCUUUCAGCACACGUAUGUAUUGUCAGAUUCAUGAAAGAAUUCACAAAGGGGAGAAAUCCUAUAUAUGUGAACACUGUGGGAAAGCUUUCAGCACAAAACGUGAUUGUCAAACACAUGAAAGAAUUCAUACUGGGGAGAAACCCUAUGUAUGUAAACAGUGUGGGAAAGCUUUCACCAGAAACACUCUUUGUCGACGUCAUGAAAGAACUCACUCUGGGGAGAAACCCUAUGUAUGUAAACAAUGUGGAAAAUGUUUCACUACAGAUGCAUAUUGUAAAAUACAUGAAAGACUUCACACUGGAGAGAAACCCUAUGUUUGUAAAGAAUGUGGUAAAGCUUUCAGCACACGCCGAUCUUGUCAACUACAUGAAAGAAUUCACACAGGGGAGAAACCUUAUAUAUGUAAACACUGUGGGAAAGCCUUCAGCACAAAAUGUGUUUGUCAAAGACAUGAAAGAAUUCACACUGGGGAGAAACCCUAUGUAUGUAAACAGUGUGGGAAAGCUUUCAGCACAAACACUCGAUGUCGAAGUCAUGAAAGAACUCACUCUGGGGAGAAACCCUAUGUAUGUAAACAAUGUGGAAAAUGUUUCACUACAGAUGCGUAUUGUAAAAUACAUGAAAGAUCCCACACUGGAGAGAAACAUUUUGUAUGUAAGCAACGUGGGAACAAUUUCAACUGGUACCGUGAUUGCAAAUUGCAUGAAAGAACUCACACAGGGGAGAAACUCUAUGUAUGUAAGCACUGUGGGAAAGCUUUCACCACACAUGCCUAUUGUAAAAUUCAUGAGAAAAUUCACACAGGUGAGAAACUCUAUGUAUGUAAGCACUGUGGGAAAGCAUUCACCACACGUGGAUCUUAUCAAAUACAUGAAAGAAUUCACACAGGGGAAAAACCCUAUGCAUGUAAGCAAUGUGGGAAAGCUUUCAGUACACGCAGAUCUUGUCAAGUACAUGAAAGAAUUCACACAGGGGAGAAACCCUAUGUAUGUAAGCAGUGUGCGAAAGCUUUCAGCACACAUAGAUCUUAUCAAAUACAUGAAAGAAUUCACACAGGGGAGAAACCCUAUGUAUGUAAGCAGUGUGGGAAAGCUUUCAGCACAUGCAGAUCUUUUCAAAUACAUAAAAGAAUUCACACAGGGGAGCAACUUUAUGUAUGUAAGCAAUGUGGGAAAGCUUUCAACAGAAACUCUAGUUAUCAAAUUCAUGAAAGAACUCACACUGGGGAUAAACCCUAUGUAUGUAAAGAAUGUGGGAAAGCUUUCACCACACAUGCGUAUUGUAAAAUUCAUGAAAAAAUUCACACAGGGGAGAAACCGUAUGUAUGUAAACAAUGUGGGAAAGCUUUUCCCACAAUCCAGUAUUUGCGGAGACAUGAAAGAAUUCAUACUAGGAAGAAGUCUGUAUGUAAGCAAUGUGGAAAUGCUUUCACAAGGCCGAGUGAAUCUCAAGUAUAUGAACAAAUUCACACUGGGGAUUCAUCCUAUGUAUGUAUAUAAUGUGCAAAUACUUUCUGCACACAUAAAUUUCUCACAUGUAACAAAGAAUAUCCUGGGCUGAAAUACUUUGUGUAUGAGUAAUGUGGGAAAGGUGCUAGUCCACACCCCAUCGUUAAGUACAUGAAAGAAGACUCACUGGAGAAAAACUAUACCUUCAAGUUGCUUUUGAAACUCGUGUGAAAAUUUUUCAUAUAAUGGAAUUCUGCUCAGAAAGUGCACCAUGUUUAAUGCCAAUACGUCUUCACAAAUGUUGAAGAAAAUACAAUUCCCCCAUGGAGCUGUUCUAAAGUAAGUGCAUAGUGUGGUUUUCAGUAAAUCACUUCUACAUAUCUAUACUGUAUAUUUGUAGGGUUUAAUAUGAAAAUAUUGAGUUUACAUACCUUUUGUAUUUUUGAAUGUCUCUGUUGAAUACAUAGUGUCUUUUAAAUAAAUAUAUUGAAUUGGAAAAUGUA